AUGGAUUUAUCAGACCCCACAACAAUAGGCAUAAUAAUUGCCGGCGUUGUCGGGAUUUUAACGGUUUUGCUGUUGGUAUUCAAAUUAUUCGUUUCUGAUAGUAGGGACACAGUUUUAAUCGUUGGCCUAAGCGAUUCUGGGAAAACUUAUGUUUUCUCGAAAAUAGCCAAUAAAGGUAUGACUUUUUUUUUAUUUCAUGGUUUUUUGAAAUUUUUCUGAGGGUUUUGGAGGACCAGAGUACAUAGAAAAUAACUUUUUUUUUAUUAAAAUUCCAAACUUUCAGGCGCAAAUCCGACCACUUACACUUCAAUGCAAGAAAAAUGUUCUACAAUUGAAUGUUAA